AUGGAACUAAACUUGAAUAGAAGCGAUUCCGAAGAAAACUCAGCAUUUGAUGUGCCGAACUUGAAUAAGAUGAAACUAUUUGACGUGUUUGACGAUCCGCCUCUUGUCAGUGAUGACGAAGAAGGUCCGCUGAAAAUUGAUAUUUCAAAUCCAUGUGUAGACGAAGACGACGAGUCCCUUGGUUACGACAGUAUUUUUAAAUCCAAAAUGGUUGAAACUGAGAAAAUUGAGACCAAUGCCGAAAGUGGAUCUGCUUUGAAUGAUUGCCUCCACGAUGAGCUGGUGUUGUUUAGCGCUGAAGAGAAAGUUAUUGUCACAAAUGAGGUAGAGCGGAAUGAUUCGCCAGAGAAGGAUAAAGUGGAUUUAAUUGAAAAAGAUGAACAAGCACCACUUGAUUUCGAUUUACCUGUUGAUGUCAAUGAAGAAGAUUCUGAAUCAGCUUCUAACAGGGUUUAUAAGGUUAGUAGUGAAUCGUCCACUGGUGAGGCAAGCGGGGAUGAAUACCGCCAUGCAGAAGUCACCUUCAACGACGAAGAGGAAAUGGAGGUGUCAAGUCAGGGAAAUAUUGGCAGGUGGACAUAUUCUGGUGGAGCUUCUAAGAAGGCGAAAUCUACUGCAAGUUCAGGUGCCAAAAAGCCCACAAGUGAGUAUGAGAAAGAAAAAUUUGCUAUUCAUAGUGAAUCGCAGCGUCUUAUUCGAGAAACAAAUCUUGACCUUCUUCACUACAAACCCAAGGAGUAUACAUCAGUCGCAGAGUUUAAAAAAGCUCUUUAUGGGGAUAAAACGAAAACAAUACAGAGACUUAUGCCUUCAAGGAUACCAGUGGUCGAAGCUACUUCCCCUUCGAAGAAAAUCCAGGUGUUGACCUCCCAUCCGUAUCGAAAAUUUGAUCUUCCCGAUAAUCUCCCUCCUCCUAAACUACUCCAGGCUAAUGAUGAUGACGUUAUUGAUUUAUUUCAAGAUGACCAACCUGUGAUUCCGGGAAAGAGAAGCCAGGCUGAAGAGUUGAUAUCUAGGUUUCAUAAAUUUUCAAAACCGAUUGAACGUAAGGAUGGUGCCCCAAUUACAAAGACUCAAGAGUUUUCUAUCCUCACAAAGGUAGCAGAUGUUAAAACUGGAACGGUCUCGCUCAAAUUUGACUCAGUGAAAUACACAUCCACUACUAAGCAGCCGUUGACUUUCACUAAUCGUCGGGAGUGGGCCAAGCAUAGGGCUGAGUUGAAGGAGAUCAUGAGGGUGAAGAAAUUGAAACAAUACGAGGAGCGCAUCAAGGAAUACAAACCUCUCCAGCGCUCUGAAAUUCCUGGCGAUCGAAAUGAGUCUGAAGAGGACGAAGACUGGGUGGAAGAUGAGGAGAGUUUUAGCGACGAUAGCAGCACCUCUUCAGAAUCAGGAGAAGACGAAGAACAGGAUGAAGAUGAUGAUGAGGCCCCUCGUGUCAAGCGGAAGCCCAAGAAUCCCUUUUUGGACGAUGAAGCUGCUGAAGGCAGUGAUAACCCAGAUGAUGGUUCAGGAAAUGGAAGUGAAGAUGACAAUGGCGUAACUGCAAAUGAAACUGAUAAGUUCAUUCCGGAAAAUCAGUCGAAAAUUCGACCAAUGCACAAUGGACACCUUGAACCUGGAGACGUGGAUCUAUUCGCCGGCGAUUCUAUCACUCAAUCUAUGCAUUCUCAAAAUAGAACUCUUUCAGAUCGUUCGUGGAAUGCUACACCCUACAGUCUACUCUUUAGCCAGAAACAGUCAUCUGAUAGUGCGACAGAUUCCUCAUCCCUUGGGCAAACCAAGAUUGAACCUACUAUGCCUACAGCAACACAAACUCAAGAUCUUAAAACUCAGGAACCUAUCCAACCCAUGACUACCCAAGGAGAACUUGAUGAUUAUUCAAUGGUUAAAGUGGAGCUGAACCUGACACAAUUCGGCAGUGCUGGAUCGAAAGGUUUAACUGGGGGACCAACUCAAACUCAGCUUAUUGACGAUUUCGAAGAUAUUGAUCCGACUCAAUCUCUUACUGUCCCCUUACCAUCCAUUGAUGAGUCAUACAAACCGAAAUUAGUACGAAUUCGUGAUGUCACAGAUCCGUCUGCCACUAAAGUUUCAAGCGUUAUUCGUCCUUCAGCUCAAUCGACACAACUAAUUCCUUCGAAUACUGUGGAUCUAGCUUUUACUCAAGAUGUUGAUUUUGGUGCAACUCAAACUCAGCUUGUUCCCAAUCAAUUCGCUGAUCUGGAUGACACUCAAAAGGCGGAUGCAGCUCAAACUCAAGCGCUUGGAUUAACUAUCCAAUCGCCGAAAGAUAAACCCGCAUCUGAGGCACUUACUAGACCUAAGCUGAUGAGAGUUAGGGAUGCUUUAAAUGGUUCUCUCACAAAUGAAGUGGAGUCACUUCCUGCUACUCAAGAACUUCAGCCUGUGGAGUUAGAAGUGAAUGCUCCCAAGUUGGAACUCUUAGAUCCUUCUUAUAUUCAGUGUUCUUUCGCAACUCAAGCGUUGGAUGAACCUCAAGAGUUGAGACCUAAGGAAGAAUCCCACAAACCCCGCAAACGUCUCCGACACAACUCAGACGAUGAUUCCAAUGGAGAAGAAGAAGUAUCCUCGAGUUCAAAACGCAGAGCACUGAUCGCGCAGUCGGCUCAACCCCUGGAGCAAAUAGAAGCUAUUGAGGAUGAGAAUGAUGAGUCAAGUUCGGAAUCAUCCGCUGCUAUGGAGGUUGGCGAAAAUGCCGAAGAAGACAUUGAAGAUGCUGAGGACAGUAAGUUUGAGGAAGAGGAAGGAAGCGAUGGAGAAACUAUUGGGGACGAGAAUUCUGAGGAGGAACAUGAAGGUGACGAGACUGAGGCCGAGGAAGAGUAUUCUUCCGAAAAUGAUGAGGAAAAGGAAUACCUCAAAAUGGUUCAAUCUGAGAUUGAAGAUAGGAAACAGGAGAAGAAGCAUCCCAAAUUCAGACCAGCUGAGUUCAUCGAUGAAGAAGCUGAGCUUUCGGGAGAUGAGGAGGAACGUGCUCUCUAUAGAGACGAGAGGGACGAAGAUAAAGAAUCUGAGGAUGAUGCUUCAAGUCUGAAGGACUUUGUCGAUGAAAAUGAGAUGGACGAACGCCGCAUGGGUAAACUUCGACAUGAAGUAGAACGAGUCUACAAUCGGAUCCAGGAAGACGAGGACCAAAGGAAACUCCGUUAUCUCAAGGAAAUGUUCUUUGAAGACGGUGAUCUCUAUGAUGGAGAAGGCAGAGCUCGAAAACGUCGUUUUAGGUGGAAAGGUUUGGAUGAUGAAGAUCCCUUUGCACUUGGUGGCAAGCUAGUGGACCUUGACGCUGAGGAGGGAGAUGAAGACGGCUCUGGCGUUCCAUCUUCAGGUGUAUCUGGUUUUAUGAGCAGAGGGUUACUUCAAGGUAUCGUUGUAAAGGAAGUUUCAUCUUCUGACAACCCCGACGCAACACCAAAAGAUGGAAGCUCACAAGUGACAGAGAAUCCUUCUGUUGGUACCUCGGCUGAUGUUGACUCUCAAGAUACUUUCGAUUCUUCAGAGAGUCUUUUAUCCGCUUUAGGUAAAAAAGUGAUCUUACCUCAACGAUCCGUUUCGCUAACAUUCGUGUCGCCCAAGAAACGACGGGUCAUAGAUCUCCGUCAGAAAACACUUCCUGCAAUGCUCUUGAAGUCCCAUUCGACAAACGAUGCCUCUCCUUUGGAAAGGCCAACAUUGGGAACUAAACGUGGUUCAUUGUUAAGCCGUCCAACUGCUACUCUACUUGCUCCAACCAGAUCUCGUUCCCUGGCGGUACAGUCUCGACAAUUUUCCACGGAUUUGGAUGUUGAUAAUAAUGUUGAAAAUGACCCCGGAGUCGCAAAUCGAGGCCAAGUUGACGUAUCGACUUCUGGACUGCGUACAAAAGUUGGUCUCUCGUGUUUCAGUACGAGACUAAAUAGUGAUGCUACUCCUAUCACAAAUCGAUCGCAUUUCGUCAAGGCUGCCACUCCACAGCCAGUGAAAACCGUUUUGGUAUGUUAUUUUCUUACUUUACAUUAA